GCGGCCCAUCCGCAUCACACGAGGGGGCAGCGCGGCCGCUCGUUCUGUCCCGGAGCCCGCCUGCUUCCCUCCACUCGCCGUCGCGCAGCAGCCCGGGCUCUGCUGAGUCAAAGCGCGGAUCAGGUUCCCUGCCUCCAGUAUAAAAAUCUCGGCGAGAAAUCUCCGGCUGGAGAGAGACGGGGCACGGGAGGAGCGGGGUUUGAGGCGGCGGCCAGCGAGGCGAGCCCGUCCGUGGGGAGGCGAAGGGACGCGCUUCGGCGGCGGUAGCAGCAACAGCAGCCGGGGCUCACCGAGGACGCCCGCGGCUUACCCCUCUCAGCUGCGGGAGAAGAGCUUUCUGCCGCCCGAAAAUGCAACAGCAACAACAGCAACGUCGAAUGUUCACAGCUGCCCUCCUGGCACUUGUUUUUAUUCUGGCAGCUGUGAGUACCACAGAGGCUGGCAAAAAAGAGAAACCAGAUAAAAAGUCGAAGAAGUCUGACUGUGGGGAAUGGCAGUGGAGUGUCUGUGUGCCCACCAAUGGUGACUGUGGCCUGGGAACACGUGAAGGCACUCGCACUGGAGCUGAGUGCAAACAAACCACCAAGACUCAGAAGUGUAAGAUCCCCUGCAACUGGAAGAAGCAAUUUGGAGCGGAGUGCAAAUACCAGUUCCAGGCCUGGGGAGAAUGUGACCUGAAUACUGCCUUGAAGACUAGAACUGGGAACUUAAAGAGAGCCCUUCAUAAUGCUGACUGCCAGAAGACUGUCACAAUCUCAAAGCCCUGUGGGAAGCUUACCAAACCCAAACCUCAAGAAUCCAAGAAGAAGAAAAAGGAAGGCAAGAAACAAGAGAAGAUGCUGGAUUAAUGGAGCCAACUUGGGCAAUGUGAGAAAGGGACAUCAGCAAACAUGAUCAGUUAACAGUUUCAUUUAUACCUAGGCAUUUUAUCCUAAAAUUAUUUAUAGCUUAAUGGUAUCAUAGAAGGAAACAAGCAAACACAGAAAAAAAAUUCUUUUUUUAUUACUUUAGUAUUUUUAAUGUAUAACCCUAACAACAACUUUUAGAGGCCUGUAAUAAAGGACUCCAGUCUCAUUUAGAAAAUUAUGUCUAUCGUGUAUUGAACAGUGUAGAGGUUUUUAAAAUAUUCUCAAGUCUUGCCAUAGGUCUCAGUCUGGUAGUUAUUCCAUGCAAGCAGAACUUGAACCCAUGUAGAGCUCUGCUGAAGCCAGUGGUGCCCUGUGUGAUCAUAGGAGUCUGGCUGGAUGAAAUUAUAUUUAAGAUUGGGACUCCAUAUCUGAAGAAACCCCAACUUGUUUCUUAAGUACUUAUUGCAUCUUGAUAACUAUGAAAUUAUUUGUUGAAGGAAAGGAUGGGGUCAUUUUCUUGAGUAUUUACAGGCAUGGAAUAUUUUGGGGGUGUGUUGUGACUGUUCAUUCCAAAAUGCCACUAUCUCUAGGUAAAAACCUGUAGCACUCCUAUCCUUGGUCACAUUUUGGAUGUUAGCAGUAAAAAUUUUGAAAUCACUCAACAGUUGGUCAUGGAAGAGUCCUAAUUUUUCACUAUUUUCUAGCAAUGAUUUUUUCCAAGUAGAAUGUUAGCAAAACUUCCAUUUUUCAGCAUAUCAUUGCUGGUGGAUGGUAGUGUCCUCUGGUUUACCUAUGAAAACUGAAAAAUGCUUUCUUUUGUUUGUUUACUUUGCCAGAAAGGGGAAUAUCCUUUUGACAAAAAUCUAGUUGAAAUUUUUGUGAUUCUUCCUGACCCAACUCCCUUUUGUACCAGUGGGAAUCUUCAUAUUGAUUUUAAAUAUAGGUGGUUGAAAAAUACUAUGUCUGAUGGGAAGUAACAGAAGAAAUCUAUUUGGAAACUGCC